AUGCUUCAAUUACUCGCUGUCACUUUUUUCCUCUCGGGAAUCGUCACCACUCUGCUUGGAAACGUGUCACCAGCAAUCCAGAAGCUCUCCUAUUAUGGCAAAACCCUUACCCAGAAGACCAACAGUACUCUGGCGCUUCCCAAGCCCUGGUUCAUCCAUUUCUACAUUUUGGCGGCAUUUCUGGGCUACUAUUCGCUCUUCAUCGUGUAUGACAGUUUCAGCGACAACCACAUUUUGAUUGAUGUUCUGGGACUCUUGGAUAGCCCAAUCAGUGCUAAUAAUAUGUUUGCAAACGGAUGGACAGACUGGAUGGACGAUUUAGUGAGCAAUAUCAAUGAAUGGAAAUUGAUUUCCACCACUCAUGUUCAAAAGCCCCUGACUACUCUUGUUCUUCUGCUUCUGGGUACCAUUCAGGGCACUCGACGACUGUAUGAGUGUGUGUACGUGAUGAAGUACAAGGUGAAGACCGGAGCAUCACGUGUUGCAGAGGAACAGAGGAAGAAAAAAGAAGGCCAGACUGCCGAAAUCGAGUCACGUGAAAGCCAGAUGCUUUUGACCCACUAUCUUGUCGGCAUGGGGUUCUAUGUCGCGGUCUUUUGCAGUCUGUGGGCAACAGGAGUUGCUGGGGUUCGAGAUAUGGAGGAGUGGGACUUUGACUACAACUCUGUGGGUCUUUCUAUUGCUAUUUCUCUCUUCCUUGUUGCUUCCACGCUUCAAUACUUGUGUCAUGUGCAUCUAUCUUCUUUGAUCAAGUAUUCCUUGCCGACUUUCUGGCCCUUCAAGAUCACAGUUUGCCCUCAUUACACUUGCGAAGCUCUCAUUUACAUGAGUUAUAUUGGAGUCUCCCUGUCUACCGGCUCUACUCCUAAUUAUGGGCUUUUGUUGGCCCCUCUCUUUACUCUUACUGUUUUGACCACCAGUGCUAAGAACUCCAAAGACUGGUAUAAGCAGAAGUUUCCCGAGUAUAAUGUCCGAUGGCUCACCAUUCCCGGUGUGUUGUAG